CGCCUGCCGGGCCGACCCUGCAUCCUGAUUGGCGCAGGUGAGAGCUGACCCCUCCCUUCCUCUUCUUUCCGUGCACCCUCUCUCUUUUUCUCACCUCCUCCCGCACAGACAGGGAACUCUCCUACUAUUGGCUAAAAGUGUCCCCACCCAUCGCCUAAGGCUCCACCGCAUGGCUUGACGGGAAUUGUAGUCUUGCAUGUGCAGGAAUUGCCGACAACACCGGCGAGUGGGACUACGAGUCCCCAUAGGCCCCUGCGCGACUCCGGCAGGGCAGGAUUCCGGACAACGCCUGGUUCCUCUCGGGUCCUUCCGGCGUCGCCGGAGUGAAUUGAUCUGGGAGUUGAAGAGGGCUCCAAAGGUGGCAAGUGAAGUCACUGCCUCAGUUGCCGGUCAGCAUAUGUUUUGUGCCCUGUUCUUUUAUCACAAAAAAGAGAAGAAAGGCUGCAGUGAAUGAAGAUUCCUCUGCAUUUUAGCACUGCUUUUUCUACUGUAGUUGGCUUUUGAAUGAGGAUGACAAUGGAAGAGAUGAAGAAUGAAGCUGAGACCACUUCCAUGGUUUCUAUGCCCCUCUAUGCAGUCAUGUAUCCUGUGUUUAAUGAGCUAGAACGAGUAAAUCUGUCUGCAGCUCAGACACUGAGAGCGGCUUUCAUUAAGGCUGAAAAAGAAAAUCCAGGACUCACACAAGACAUCAUUAUGAAAAUUUUAGAGAAAAAAAGUGUAGAAGUCAACUUCACAGAGUCUCUUCUUCGAAUGGCAGCUGAUGAUGUAGAAGAGUAUAUGAUUGAACGACCGGAGCCAGAAUUCCAGGACCUAAACGAAAAGGCACGAGCACUUAAACAAAUUCUCAGUAAGAUCCCAGAUGAGAUCAAUGACAGAGUGAGGUUUCUGCAGACAAUCAAGGAUAUAGCUAGCGCAAUAAAAGAACUUCUUGAUACAGUGAACAGUGUCUUCAAGAAAUAUCAAUACCAGAACCGCAGGGCACUUGAACACCAAAAGAAAGAAUUUGUAAAGUACUCCAAAAGUUUCAGUGAUACUCUGAAAACCUAUUUUAAAGAUGGCAAGGCAAUAAAUGUGUUCAUAAGUGCCAACCGACUAAUUCAUCAAACCAACUUGAUACUUCAGACCUUCAAAACUGUGGCCUGAAAGUUGUAUAUGUUAAGAGAUGUACUUCCUCAGUGGCAGUAUUGGACUGCCUUUAUCUGUAAAUUUAAAAGUUUGACUGUAUAAAUUAUCAGUCCCUCCUGAAGGGAUCUAAUAAUCCAGGAUGUUGAAUGGGAUUAUUGCCAUCUUACACCAUAUUUUUGUAAAAUGUAGCUUAAUCAUAAUCUCACACUGAAGAUUUUGCAUCACUUUUGCUAUUAUCAUUCUUUUAAGAAUUAUAAGCCAAAAGAAUUUACGCCUUAAUGUGUCAUUAUAUAACAUUCCUUAAAAGAAUUGUAAAUAUUGGUGUUUGUUUCUGACAUUUUAACUUGAAAGCGAUAUGCUGCAAGAUAAUGUAUUUAACAAUAUUUGGUGGCAAAUAUUCAAUAAAUAGUUUACAUCUGUUAAA